AAGAGACGGGGAACAAGCACUUCCGACAAUUAGGAGGAAAUACAACAACUCUAGAUCUGGUUAUGCAUGAGUAAACAUUAGAAAAAACACUCACAUUUAAGGAAGACUGAUUUGAUCAGCAUCAUGACCUAAUUAAAUGAGAUUUUUUUUUACAGAUUUAGAGAGACAGGAUGCAAACCGGAUACAUUCUGGUUUGUUUAAUCUUUCCCAUUGUCUUGGACGGAUGCUGUAUGGGAAACCAUCAAAACAAACGACCAGCAACUGCAGGACUCAUAGGUCUUCGGCAGGAUACUACACAUCAGCACUACAGAGCCGUCGAGGGAGAGAGCUUUAUGAUGCCGUGUGUAAAAUCCACGAACAGGCGCAUAAACGUGGUGUGGUCCAGGACUGGAGAUGGCAGAGGAGGAAAUGAAGGCCCAUCCUUUGACUGUGGAAAAGAAUUCCCAGCUGAAGUAAAACAUUCUGGAAACUACACAUGUCUCACAGGUGGCAGCAAGUUGUACUUGCAUCUACAGGUGGUGAAGAAUAUCAGUCUGAGAUGCUUCCGGCCUGAGGAGAACAAAGUAGAGCUGCUCAACAGUGCUGGCGGGAAGGUCCCCUGCCCGGGACGCAACUGUAGUAACAACACAGAUGUCAGAUGGUACAAGGGUAACAUAGCUGUGUCUGAGCAGCGUAGAGACUCCUGUGAAAGGAAUGGGCUGUUACAUCUCUGCCAAGUCAAAAGCGAAUUUGAUCCUGGUGUAUAUUUCUGUGAUAGACAAAUAAUUGAGCAGGGAGUCACGUGGACCUUCAGGAGGGCUGUUAAAGUCAAAGUUGUACCACACAAGACAACAAGUAACCAUCCAAGGAUUGUGUAUCCUGCUGGCAACAUGACAGAGGAAGUGGAGCUUGGUUGGUCUCAUACUCUGACCUGUGAGGUAUUUUUUCCUUAUGAGAAUAAGAUUUCAGCAGACGUGCGAUGGUACAUAAAUUACAGUGGCAACAAAGAGAGUAUGACUCAACUACACAUGGAGAGGCCACAACAGAGGUCGGAGAUAAAUGGAGAGUACAGGGUCACACGGAGAGCCAUCAUAAAAGAGGUGACUCCACAACACUUGAACCACACCUAUACCUGCAUUGCCAACAAUACUGUCGGAAACAGCAGUGUCACUAUCAAGCUCAAGAAGAAAAUUGAAGUAAAAUGGCCGUCACUGGUUGGGUAUCCCUUUGUGUCUUUGCUGCUGGUAGCUGGGCUGGGAAUUGUUUUGCAUGUGAAAUGGCUGGAACUAAAGCUAAUCUACAAAUCCCACUUCCAACAUGGAAAACACGAUGGAGAUGACAAAGAGUUUGAUGUGUUUCUGUCAUAUCUGAGCCCUCAAUCAGCAGAGGUGGAGGGAGGUUGGCCCCUUUUCUCCCAAUCAGGACCUGACACUGAUAAGGAAGCAUGUCUAUCCAGCACGGACCCGCUGAACACUAAGGAGUGUGGAGCCAUCCAGAGACCACUAGAAGUACUACUACCCCAAGUGUUGGAAGAACAGUGGGGAUAUCGCCUCUGUCUGCUGGAGAGGGACAUGCUUCCAGGAGGAGCAUAUACAAAUGAUGUGAUUCUGGCAAUACAGAGAAGCCAAAUGCUUAUCUGUCUCCUGUCAGCUGACUACCUCUGCAACAGCAAUGCUGUGUUCGUACUGGAGUCAGGAGUACAGGCUUUGCUGCAAAACUCUGUCCUCAAACUCCUGUUAAUAUGGACCAGUGGAGACCCAGCAUCCCUUAUCCAGCAGGACCCCCCACUGCCCUCAGUGGUCCAAAGGGCCUUGAAGGUGCUACCAAGUCUGAAUUGGACGUCAGGCAAACCUGCCAGAGCCACCUGCAACUUCUGGAGGUCGUUGAGGAAGGCCAUGCCUGAUCGGAGAGUGAAGCUGGUAUCACUCAUGCAGGACCAAUGAUUAGACUAUUACCGGUAACAUUUUUUCUAAGCAUGUAUAUGUACGUGUAUAUAUAGCAUGCUUAUUCACUUCAUAAUGAAGAAAUGCAGCUUGCGUUACUCCACUAUUUACUCAAAGUCAUGAAUCAAAUGUGCUAGGGAAAUUUCCACAUUGGUAGGAUGUCAAAUCAUAACAGAUCAUUUUCAGACUUAGGGAAAAAGUGAGUCACCUUUUGUACCGAAAAUAAACAUUCAGUUAACCGUGUAAAAUAUUCUCAUUACUUUACAAUUCAAAGCAUUAAAAAGACUGAAAAAGACUAAACAAAAUGUAAAAAGAAAAAUUCUUUU